UUAGGUGGCAAGCAUUCAUUCCAUAUAUAUUGGGUAAAAGACAAUCUUAAACCAGCUAAUUAAUGCAUGUCAUCUGUGUAUCUGGCAUCCCUUCUGCCAAAAGCUUCUGUACAAGAAGCUUUAUUCCAUAUAUAAACCAUUUCAUUUCCACACAACACUCAUACCGUUAAACUGAGCCAUGGUGUGCAUCACUCUCCAGCCCCCCUAGAUUUAAAGCCCAUUCUCUACCUUGAAUACGCUUGUAGAGACAGAAAAGAAGGGAAUUAAUGCUAUUUUCAGUGUUUCUUCUACUCUUUCUACCAUGCGCCAGCUUGGGUGUAGUGUUCCUGCUUUACAUCUGUUUGCCAUGGUGCGCUGACAGUUCCAACAACCCGGAGUUCCAGUCUCCUGUAAAGCCCGGUCGAGGAACGGGUCUCUCUACCGACGAUCUUAAAAAAAUCCCAAAAGUCACCGGAAAAGAUUUGGUUCUGGGCACUGAUUGUGCUGUGUGUUUGGACGACAUUGAGAGUGAUCAACUGGCUAGAAUGAUUCCCGGUUGUAAUCAUGGGUUCCAUCUAAUGUGCGCUGAUUCUUGGCUGUCUAAGCACCCGGUUUGUCCUCUUUGUCGGGCCAAGAUUGGGCCCGAACUCCUCAAUCCUCCUGAGAGCAAUCCUUGUUGACUGUUAAAUGGAGCAUUGGACAGCUUGAAGCCAUGAAAGGUGUAAUUAAUUAAAAAGUUUUUUUUUUUUUUCGAUCUUUUUUUGGCACUAUAUACUCCAACAUAUCACUUCUUUCCAUCCAUUUCUAUCGUUAAAAUGAUGAAUAUGUUGUCCUAUUUAA